CACAACAUUGCUGAGAAAAGUCAAUUUCUGUCAGAAAUAGAUGUCAAAAAUGAUUAUUAUGUUUUUUAUGAUUAUUAUCGAAUGCUUAUAAAGCAAGAACACUUCUUGUUCUAAAGUUUAGAAACUACAAAGUUUGCAAUAAACUUAAAUCCAGAUAUAGUUUUUUCUAAGGAUUUCUGUGAGAAUAUUCUUGUAACAAAAUGACUUCGGAAGAGAAAAAACCCGUUACCGAUGAACCACAAAAGUCUUCUAUGGAAAUUUUAUCAGAACUUUUUAGCACUUUUGAUGCAGAACCACCUUUGAUAAUUAAAAAAGAAAAAGAUGAGGAAACAACAAAGAAACACAAAAAAGGCAAAAAGAAACACAAACAUAAGGAAAAAAAACAUAAAAAGAAAGAUAAAAAAAGGAAAAGGGAUAAUAGUUCCUCAAGUGAUGACUCUGAUUUAGAUGUAAAAAUAAAAAAAGAAAUAAAGAUUGACGUAAAAACUGAGAAAAAUGGGGACAAAUCUCCAAGGGAAAACGUGGAAAGUAAAGAUAAAACAACAUUGGGAAAACCAAAAAAUAAAAUAGUUAUAAAAGAUUUGUCCACCAUUUUCCAGCCAACAAUAAAGGAAAUUCAAGAAAAAGUAAAGGAAAAAGGAGAAGAUGGUGAAAUUAUUUCUGACCAUUCUGAAGAAGAACCAAAAGAAAAACACAAAAAACAUAAGCAUAAAAGCAAGGAGUCUUCUAGAAAACGUAGGCACAGCAAAAGCAAAGAACGUAGUAAAAGUAGAGAAAAGAGAAAUAAGUCUGACGACUUAAGACAUAAAUUAAAUGAUGAUAAAUAUAAAGAUAAGAAUAAGCAUAAAAACCAUAAUAGAGAUAGGGAUUUCUAUAAAAGUAAAAGUUAUAGUGAAAGGGAGAAAGAUAGGUCAAGGGAUAGACAUAAAGAGCAUACAUCAAGGGAGUUUCAUAGAAGAUUGGAGGAUUAUAGGCAUAAACGAGAGAGAGAUGAAGAUUUUUAUAAGCCUAGGGAUAGAGACAGACAUAGGGGUCAUGAUGAUAGAGACAGAGAAAGAAGACACAAAGAAAGGGACAAAUCCAGUUUCAAAGAAGACAGCUCUUACAUUGACAAAAAGAAACUGUUGGAAAUAGCCAGAAGAAAUGCUGUAGCAAUGAUGAAGUCUGGAAGUUUACCGGGAGCUCUUACUUUGGGACCGCAGGCUCAAGAAAAAGUGAUUGCCGCCAUCAAAUCCGGCGGAAAAACCAUUGAAGAGUUGACUGAUUUCUGUAAGACUUUGUCGAAAAAAGAGGAGAUGGGAGAUUUGUCCAGUUUAUCUGAGAAAGAGAGUGGCAGUGACAGUGAAAUUGAUAAGGCUUUUCAUCAUCCAUUCCAACUUAAAGAUAGACCUACUUCUAUUACCAUGAAUAUAAAGAAUUCCGUGCCAUUACCAAUAAAAUCCACUCAGGAACGUUCAAGUGAGCUGCGCAUGCAAUUUCCGGUGAGCAGCGGUCAACAGCAUCGAAAAACUGUCGAGGAAUGGGUACCGGUGGCGCCGAAAAAGGGUUCAGAAGCCAAAACGGCGGCUACCGUGGACGCUACUGUCACUACAGUGGCAAAAGUAGACGUUCCACCGGAACCGGUCGUUGUGCCAGCUCCACCCAAUGCUCCCCCAGGACCUCAGGCGUUUCCCACGCCCGUUUUGGAGCCCAGUGUGGAUUUAGGAUCAAUUGUUUCACAAAGAUUGACAGCAAUGAGAAGAUUGCAAGAAAAUCCCAAUGAUGUUCAAGCUUUAACGCAAAUAUACAAAUCUAACAAGGAGAUGCAAACUUGGGCUCAAAGUAAGCAACAACCUGGUCAAUUCACCGGUUCAACGGGAGCUCAAAUUUUAUCGCAGGCCGAAUUGUCGUCUGGAUAUCAGGCUUGGGCCAAAAAGGAUCAACUGCAAACCGCUGCUCCCCUUUCGGGAGGAAUGGGAAUGCAUCUUCUCCAAAAAAUGGGUUGGAAACCUGGUGAAGGUUUAGGAAAAGAAAAAACGGGCACUCUGGAACCUCUACUGUUACAAGUGAAAUUGGACAAAAAGGGCCUUGUGGCUGAUGAGGAACAGUCAAAAAAGAAAAACAAAGGAAAAGGAGGCGGUGGAGGUGGAGGAGGUCAAACGGUGAAAACACUUGCAGGAAAACAUCCUGUCUCACUUCUUGGAGAGUAUGCUUCAAAAAGAAAACUAGGGGCGCCACAGUAUAUACUGUGCUUUGAGUGUGGGCCUGAUCACAAAAAAAAUUUCCUGUUUAAGGUGUUAUUAAAUGGAAUAGAAUAUAAACCUAAUGUGGCCAGUGCUAACAAAAAGGAUGCAAAGGCUGCUGCUGCAUCAUUAUGUUUACAAACCAUAGGUUUAGUUAUUAGUUAAAUACAAAAUAAAUGUCUAAAAAUUAUAAAAUUCUAUCAUUUCCUUGGUCCAGG